GAAUCCAUGAAUCUGAAUAUCCCGGAUAAAUCUAACUCGGAAUCUGCCAUCAUGUCGCAAUCCAGGACCGCGAUACUGCAACUCCCCGAUGAGCUCCUGGUCGAUAUCGCAGACGGAGUUGCAAUCGUAGAGCUCCAUGCUCUCUCGCUCGCCUGCUAUCGUAUGCGUCCAAUCAUGCAAGAAUUACUGAUCAAACGAGCGACUGUCGCGCCCGAGAACGUAUGGAAGCUGACGGGAAUGUUGCGAGCUCACCCAGACCUGGUCGCGUCUUUCACCCACCUUCGCCUCGGACCAAUGACGAUGGAUGCAGCACGUGAUAUGUAUCACACACACUCUGUCGCUUGGGAUACCUACAAGAAGUGCAGUGAUCACGGCGCAAGAGAUGCGGCAAAAUCGAUAGUGUGUUUCUUCGAAAGCAUGACCGCUCUCUUUACUCUUGCGCAUAGUUUGAAGGCUAUAUCCAUGAGUGCGAUGGCCGACACUGUCUACAAUGAAAUCGAUAAGGCACUUCACGCGUUCGGCAGUCACAACAAGCCUACAACGAUUUCAGCCUAUCGAUUGAUUCGACAAGCGAGAUCAGAUCUUCAAGCGCGACUCGAGGAGAUCAAUGUCGGAGCUAGUCUUGUCAGUGACUAUCUGCAUAACAGCCUGAUCAUGGGCUUGGCCCCGGUUGCCUUUUCGAGUCUCAAGCGGCUGGUGAUCCCAUACGAAGGCCUGUUCGACAAAAUAUGUGUCCACGACUGGGAUACGUUCGGACAUCGCUCUCACGAUCCAGCAACGACUGCGCUUCAUCAGAUACUACCUCCAUCUCUCGAGUCUUUUCAUGUGAGCAUUAGCCAUAAACGGCUGUGGCCAGAUACACAGUGGCUCGACAGGCUGAUAGCUGAUGAUGUCAACUUUCCCAAACUGCGCGAAGUCCAGCUACUGUAUCCGUAUAACAUCGUCUCCAUGGGCUGGCAUUAUAGAUCCAUGCCCUUUUCCAACAGAAAGGAGCUUCCGGCUGCGCUUCAAAGAUGGCAGGCAUCGCGUGUUAACCUGACCACCGCGUUCGGCACUACUAAAUUCCGGGAGGUAGGAUGGGAGCCACCGAGCGGAAACCUGAGUACCGCCUUCGGGACCAGGAAACUUUACGUGGACGCAAGACAGACGGAAAGACAUUAUAUCCCCGGUGAUCUCAUUCCUGUCAUCGAGAAGUGCUUGGCGACUACACAUGAUCAGCUGGAGAACGAACCUGAGAUGAUGGCAGCACUCGGCUAUGAGUUAAGGUCCAUUUGAUGGCGCCGUCUUCGAUGAUUCGUUGGAGCUCUCUACACUAUGAAUGAGACAAGCGCUGCAGUGGUUGGAAGGGGUUGUUCCGGCGAUUCAACGUGGAAUGACGACCUGAUUCUGUGAAAAGCGGUGGCAGCGGACAUGUUAGGGCGGCUUUGGUCAGUCAAGCUGCGAUGACUAAAAUAGCUGACAACUUAGAGUGAAUGCAACAGCCAGGAAAAAUGUUACGGGUCUUCAUAGUUGUUUUGCAGUGGUGCAGUGCCAGGUGUCGUGUUGGUGUCGUGAAGGAGCGAUGGGUUGCUCACGCCCGUCUGCUGUUGCGCCCGCGCCCUGACAUCAUCAACGGUCCCCACUCGCUCCAUCCCCCCUGCCUCCCUUUCGCCAUCUUCUC